UAAUAUAAAAUUCCUAGUGACGCUAUUCGUAAGUAAGAUAGCAAUUAUUUAUUUACGGAGGUCCCGUUCACCGGGACUUUCCGAGGCUACCGAUCGAGUAAGUACAACUUUCAUUAUGAUUCUCAGUUCUAGUCGACUUGAGGAAUAUUGAUGCAGUAUAUCAUCAUGUGAGGGCAAAUUGUACGUAAAGAUUCUCCUUUAUCCUUUUCAUAGCAGUCAUGGAAAAGCCUGCUCGCUACAAAGCAAAAAGUAAAAAACCAGCCGCUAAACCAAAAACGGCAAAGAAGCGUAAAAGUGACGGACCCACUUGCUCUAUGUUUUUGGCUGAAUUAACCAGAAAGCUGGCGUCUAAAAAGAAACAAGAAGAAGAAUCACCCAAAAAUAUUGUUCAAACGAUAAUAGAUAGCAUCACAAAUGCCUUACCGGUGAAGCUUUCAAAAAAAUCUCCACCGAAGUGUCCAUCGCCUAUGAAAAUUGAGACAUUACAAACAUUUGCACCAGAAUUAAUACCCAAUGACACAUUAAACUUCCCUGCUCCCACAACCACAGCCAGCAACAUCGAAGAUGCUUCUAUGGAUGAUAUAGAAGUCCUCAGUCCACCAAAAACUGGAUCGUUUAAAAUGCCCAAAAUGCCAUUAGUUAAUAGCGAUUUAUUAAAACAAUCAGCAGAAAAGAAAAGGACAGCUCAAACGCAAGACCAAGCAGUUAAUACAGGAACAGAUCAUGAUGUUGCGUCAGAAAUAGCUAAACAUGUUGGCACGUUAAGGAAAAUCUCGUUGAUAGCUGAAGAGUUCAACCAAAAAACUGCGAAAAAUUUAAAAGAAAUAGUCGACAGUGUCCAAGAGGAUUUGAUAAAGAAACUAGAAGAGAUACAAGCACAACAGAAAGCCCAUUCUGAGAGAACAUUUUUUAUCAAUGAAGAUGAGAGCAUUGAGGACGAUGAAACUACUACUGGCGACUAAGCAAGAAGUUCGACUACUAAUUUAGAAGAAAACUUGACUGACUUAAGCAACUUGUGUCAAAUUCCCAUUGUCAAAAUAAAAUGCAAUAAUUUUUAGAUUUUCAUAAAAUUGAUUGUUAAAAAUUUAAAUAAACAA